GAUUUUCUGACAUUUGUCGUUUAUCGAAUUUAUUAGUGGUUGUAUUGACAAUCAUUGAUGACGUUUAUUUUUCUUGAAAGGACAGUGGACAUUGUUUGGUGGUUUUUCUUUGCUUACACAUAUGUAUUUUCAGUAUAUUUUCUAAUCGAUGUCAUCGGUAUUUAUAAUUGAAUUGCAAAAUGUUGCGUUUUAAUUAGUGCAAGAGAAAAUAUUACCUGAUAAGCACUUGUGUGUUGUGAGGGUGUGCGUGAUAGCUGACCUUAUCGGCCAUCAACAAAUUUUAUCUUAAUGUGAAGGAUCUUGACAAUAUGCAAAGUUUCUCCUCGAAAGCUAAAGAAAUGUUUAUCGUGCGUGCUUUAGAGAAAAUUUUAGCGGAUAAAGACAUUCGGCGUUCCCAUCAUUCGCAACUGAAAAAGUCUUGCGAUUCAGCGCUCGAACAAAUUAAAAAUGAACUUAUCAAUGCAGGUCAAAUCGCUGAAGGUAAUGAAUUGCCAUGUGCAGCCUUACCUUUACCAAAAAACGAUGCUGCCAGUAUUAUUAAUGCAGAAACAUAUUUUUUGCCAUUUGAACUGGCAUGUAAAAGUCGCUCCCCACGCAUUGUUGUGACUGCGCUUGAUUGUUUGCAAAAGCUCAUAGCAUAUGGGCAUUUGACUGGUGCCAUACAGGACUCUGCAAGCCCUGGGCAUUUACUUAUUGAUCGCAUCGUCAACACUAUAUGCGGCUGCUUCAAUGGGCCACAGACCGAUGAAGGUGUACAAUUGCAAAUUAUUAAAGCGUUGCUUACAGUUGUUACAUCACAGCAUGUUGAGAUACACGAAGGCACCGUUUUGCAAGCCGUACGUACUUGCUACGACAUAUAUUUGUCGAGCAAGAAUCUAGUCAAUCAGACAACGGCACGUGCAACACUUACUCAAAUGCUGAAUGUAAUUUUCGCCCGUAUGGAAAAUCAAGAAUAUGAGUUGAGCACGAGUUCACAUGUCGAAAACGGUACUAAGAACAAUUCAACAACCGACAUUGGUGCACAAUCACCAAUCGUAGAAAGAGCCGAAAAUAGUAACGGUAGCGAAACUGAAAUGUCUUUGGAAGAUAUUGCAGCAUCCGUUUUGGAUGAAGUACUAAACAAUGCUUUUGAGCAAGCACUGAAAGAAAUGUCCAACGGUGUAACCGAAGAAACGACCACUAACUCUUCCUUUGGGUCAGUGGAGGGAAUCGAUAACCAAAUAAAUUCCGAAGAAAAUGCAGAUAAUCAAAAUGAAAGCGAUGCCGUCGUCACUGCGAAAUUCACACAUAUAUUGCAAAAGGAUGCCUUCCUCGUAUUUCGAGCGUUAUGCAAAUUAAGCAUGAAACCGUUACCAGAAGGUCAUCCCGAUCCGAAAUCACACGAAUUGCGUUCGAAAGUUUUAUCGCUACACCUAUUGCUGUCCAUAUUACAAAAUGCUGGACCCGUGUUCCGUUCCAAUGAAAUGUUUAUCAUGGCCAUUAAGCAAUAUCUAUGUGUAGCGCUAUCGAAAAAUGGUGUUAGUUUGGUGCCAGAAGUGUUCGAGUUGUCGCUUUCUAUAUUCGUAGCGCUACUCUCUAACUUCAAAGUACAUCUUAAAAAACAAAUAGAAGUAUUUUUCAAAGAGAUUUUUCUUAACAUAUUAGAAGCAAACUCAAGUUCCUUCGAACACAAAUGGAUGGUAAUACAAGCAUUGACACGUAUCUGCGCCGAUGCACAAUCUGUGGUUGAUAUCUACGUUAACUAUGAUUGUGAUUUUUCUGCUGCGAACCUAUUUGAGCGUCUUGUAAACGAUCUGUCGAAAAUAGCACAAGGUCGCCAAGCAGUCGAAUUGGGUGCAAAUCCGCUGCAAGAGAAAUCAAUGCGCAAACGUGGUUUGGAAUGUUUAGUUUCCAUAUUAAAAUGUAUGGUGGAAUGGAGUCAAGAUUUGUACGUUAAUCCCAACUUGUCAACAGUGAAUCCACAAGAAACUGUAAACACCCAUGCCACGCAUAAAACCAGCUUAGAUAUGUCGCAUAAACAUAACCAAUUGGAUAAUACUGAUUCGAUUUCGCAGACCAACAACUCUACACGUUCGGCAUACGGUGGCUCCAGCCAUAGCAUAAACUCAUUUGGUAGCGUAAAGAACACAGAGGUGCUUGAUUUACCCGAAGCGUUGGAAGAGCGAAAAAUGCGCAAAGAAGUAAUGGAAACGGGUAUUGAAUUGUUUAAUAGAAAACCGAAAAAGGGUGUGCAGUUCCUGCAGGAGAAGCAGCUUUUGGGCACAAAACCAUUUGACAUUGCCAAGUGGCUGCAUGAAGACGAACGUUUGGACAAAACGGUUAUCGGUAAUUAUCUUGGUGAGAAUGACGAUCAUUCUAAAGAGGUUAUGUGCGCUUAUAUUGACGCCUUCGAUUUUCGUAAGCUGGAAGUUGUCGCUGCACUGCGUCUUUUACUCGAAGAAUUCCGUUUGCCUGGCGAGGCGCAGAAGAUUGAUCGUUUGAUGGAAAAGUUUGCUAGUCGUUACUGCGAAUGCAAUCCCAACAAUCAGUUGUUCCAAAGUGCCGAUACGGUGUAUGUGCUGGCGUUUUCUAUAAUCAUGUUGACGACAGACUUGCAUUCACCACAAGUUAAAAAUAAGAUGACUAAGGAGCAAUAUAUAAAAAUGAAUCGUGGCAUUAGCGACAGCAAAGAUGAUUUGCCCGAAGAAUAUUUAUCGUCAAUUUAUGAUGAAAUCGCUGGACAUGAGAUAAAAAUGAAAAAUACGAUUAUCAACAAGCCAGGCAAACAAAUCAUUGUUAACGAGAAGCGUCGUAAACUUUUGUGGAAUAUGGAAAUGGAGGCUAUUUCUGCGACAGCCAAGAAUUUAAUGGAAUCGGUAUCACAUGUAAAGUCACCGUUUACUUCUGCCAAACACCUGGAACACGUGCGGCCAAUGUUCAAAAUGGCUUGGACCCCCUUUCUGGCUGCGUUUUCGGUUGGGCUGCAGGAUUGUGAUGAUCCAGAAAUUGCAUGUUUAUGCUUAGAUGGUAUACGCUGUGCGAUACGCAUUGCAUGCAUAUUUCAUAUGUCCUUGGAACGUGAUGCUUAUGUACAAGCGCUGGCACGUUUUACACUACUCACGGCAAAUUCGCCGAUCAAUGAGAUGAAAGCCAAAAAUAUCGAUACCAUAAAAACACUAAUCAUGGUAGCGCACACGGACGGCAACUAUCUUGGAUCCAGUUGGCUGGAUAUCGUCAAAUGCAUCAGUCAGUUAGAGUUGGCGCAACUGAUCGGUACCGGCGUGCGUCCGCAAUUUCUGUCCGGCGCACAGACAACCUUGCGCGACAGUCUCAAUCAGAGUGUUAAAGAGCAUAUUGGAGAGACAAGCAGUCAAAGUGUUGUUGUGGCUGUAGAUCGUAUAUUUACCGGUUCCAUAAGAUUGGAUGGUGAUGCCAUAGUGGACUUUGUCAAAGCACUUUGUCAAGUCUCCGUCGAUGAAUUACAGAAUGUACAGCCUCGUAUGUUUUCGCUGCAAAAGAUCGUGGAAAUUUCCUACUACAAUAUGGAGCGUAUACGUUUGCAAUGGUCACGCAUUUGGCAAGUGUUGGGCGAACAUUUCAAUGCCGUCGGUUGUAACACAAAUGAGGAGAUUGCAUUUUUCGCCUUGGACUCACUGCGCCAGUUGUCCAUGAAAUUUAUGGAGAAAGGUGAAUUCGCUAACUUUCGUUUCCAAAAGGAUUUCCUACGACCUUUCGAGCAUAUUAUGAAGAAGAAUCAAUCGCCAGCUAUACGUGAUAUGGUUGUGCGCUGCAUUGCACAGAUGGUCAAUUCACAGGCGCAUAAUAUAAAAUCCGGUUGGAAAAAUAUAUUCUCCAUAUUCCAUUUGGCAGCUAGCGAUAAUGAGGAAGCGAUCGUUGAGUUGGCAUUUCAGACAACUGGCAAAAUCAUCGGCGAACUCUACCAAAAGCAAUUCGCCGUCAUGGUGGACUCAUUUCAAGAUGCCGUCAAAUGUCUGUCGGAGUUCGCUUGCAAUGCACGUUUUCCGGAUACCAGCAUGGAGGCUAUACGCCUCGUGCGCACGUGUGCACUCUGUGUGCACGAUGCACCACAAUUGUUCGCUGAACAUGCUGGCAUGGAGAACGACAUUUCGGUAGCAGCGGAGGAUCGUGUUUGGGUGCGCGGAUGGUUUCCAAUGCUCUUCUCGUUAUCUUGUGUGGUUAACCGUUGCAAGCUCGACGUUCGUACACGCGGUCUGACGGUGUUGUUCGAAAUCGUUAAGACGCACGGCGAUAGUUUCAAGCCCAAUUGGUGGAAAGAUUUAUUCAAUAUUAUUUUUCGCAUAUUCGACAAUAUGAAAUUGCCCGAACACGUGACCGAAAAAUCCGAAUGGAUGACAACUACCUGCAAUCAUGCGCUAUACGCAAUUAUCGAUGUGUUUACACAAUACUUUGAUGUCUUGGGUUAUCUGCUAUUGGAGGAUCUCUUCGCCCAGCUACAUUGGUGUGUACAGCAAAGCAAUGAGCAAUUAGCUCGUUCCGGUACAAAUUGUUUAGAGAAUUUAGUUAUAUCGAAUGGUUUUAAGUUUAACGAAACGACCUGGGAUAAGACUUGUCAAUGUAUAUUGGACAUAUUCAAUGCUACAUUGCCAACAGAAUUGUUAACUUGGCGUCCGAACGCGCAACAAAUGCAAAUACAAGCAAUGGAACAACAACAGAAGGCAACAUUUGCAGCGCAAAAUUCGCACGACAAGAGCAAUAAUCUACAACACCAUGGCUCAAUGAAUCGUAGUCAAUCACAACAUUCCGUUUAUAGUACGCAUAUACUGGACGAUGAGGCGAUGAGCACAUCUCAGGGCUAUCAUCCCAAUUCGCAUAUUAUGCUGCACAAUUCACAGUUCGAAAACCUGCACAUUAAGUGUGUGGUGCAAUUGGAACUCAUACAAACCAUGGACAAUAUAGUAUUCUUUCCGGCAACGUCACGCAAGGAAGAUGCCGAGACACUGGCACAAGCUGUCGCGGACUUGGCCGGUUGUAAUGCGGCCCAAAAUGUUUUGGAAUGCCAAAGAGAGGAGCAGGGUAUGUACAGUUAUCUGCACACUCGACAAUUGCUAAUACUGGCUGAUUGCCUAAUGCAAUCACAUCGCUUUGCGAAACGUUUCAAUGCGGAUCAGGAGCAACGCAACGUUUUGUGGCGUGCCGGUUUCAAAGGUUCCAUCAAGCCGAAUCUGCUUAAGCAGGAGACUGCUUCGUUGGCUUGUGUGUUGCGUAUAUUUUUCAAAAUGUAUGGUGAUGAGAAUCGUCGCAGCGAUUGGCCGCGCAUCGAGCAUGAGUUGAUACAGGUGUGCAAGGAAGCACUUACAUAUUUCCUCAGUCUGCAAAGUGAGGCGCAUCGCGAUGCAUGGACUUCGCUGUUGUUGCUGAUACUUACGCGUUUGAUGAAGAUGACUGAUGCAAGGUUUGCAACGCAUGUUUCCAAUUACUACACGCUGCUAUGCGAAAUGAUGUGCUUUGAUUUAAAGCCCGAACUAAGAAGUGUCCUUAGACGAGUCUAUAUGCGAAUCGGCCCAGUAUUUAAUAUAGUGAGCCUUAAUAUAAGGAACUAAUUAAUUUAUUAUAUACAUUUAUAUAUAUAUCCUUUCCGAGUUUUCUUAUCUUUAUUAUAAACAGAAAUCGUAAAUAUACAAACAUACAUACAUAUAUGCAAUUAUAAAAUUUUAUAAUAGCGGAAUUCACCUUUGUGGCUUUUGAUGUUGUAGAAUGUAAAUACCAAAUAAAAUAUAAAAAGUUUAGAGAAACUAUUUAGUAGUUAAUUUACGUUUUAAUGUUUUAAAUUGGACCGAUAACAAAUAUAAAUUAUAUAAAAGGUCGCGAAAAAAAUUAAUAAAUUUUAUGUUGCCGAUAGCUUCAAUAUUCUAAUAUCUACUGUAUAUGGUUUUUAGUAUUUUAGGAUUUUGUUUCUGUUUUCAUUAUUAAUUUUUGUUUUUAACUCAUGUUAUACAACCGGUGAAGGAAGCAAAUGUUUUUUGUUUAUAUGAGCAAUUGUAAGUAACUGGCAAUAUAUGAUUAAAAUAUGUAAAUAAGUACAUACAUAUAUGUAUAUGUAUUAACACUUUUAACUAAGCAUAUGCAAUUAUUAUUUUAAACCUGUUAUAUAAAAUAUUAAAAUCGAUUUAAAAAUA